AUGUCUACGACUUUAGGAGCCUUUGUCGCCGGUGGAAUAGCAGCAUGCGGAGCUGUAACUGCAACUCAUCCCUUCGAAACUGUGAAGAUCCGCAUGCAAUUGCAAGGCGAACUCCAGGAGAAAGGACUCCAACCGCGACUAUACAAAGGGCCUAUUCACGGUGUCACAACUAUUGUACGGAAUGAGGGCAUCAAAGGCAUAUAUCGAGGAAUCGGCGCUGCGUAUAUUUAUCAGAUGAUCCUCAAUGGAUGCAGGUUAGGCUUUUACGAACCUAUACGAGGAACUAUUACUGGCGCAUUAUUUGAUGAUUCGAAAAUACAAAGUUUGGGAAUAAAUAUCUUCUCGGGAGCAACAUCGGGGAUAUUGGGUGCUGCAGCAGGAAGUCCAUUUUUCUUGGUCAAGACGAGAUUACAGAGUUUCUCACCACAAGCGCCAGUAGGCACACAACAUGGUUAUAAGAAUGCUAUGGAUGGAAUGAAAAAGAUCUACGGAGCGGAAGGGGUAAAUGGACUUUACAGAGGAGUGGGAGCCGCCAUGGUUCGGACAGGCUUUGGAAGCUCUGUCCAGCUACCAACAUAUUUCUUCGCAAAGCGGAGACUUGUGAAGCACCUAGGAAUGAAGGAGGGGCCAGCAUUGCAUCUUGCAAGUAGUACAGCUAGUGGGUUUGUGGUAUGCUGCGUUAUGCACCCACCAGACACUAUCAUGUCGCGUAUGUACAACCAGACCGGCAAUCUGUACUCAGGUAUUCUUGAUUGCCUGGCAAAGACCGUGAAGACUGAAGGAGUCUUCGCUAUUUACAAAGGUUUCUUGCCACACUUGGCUAGAAUAUUACCUCAUACCAUCUUAACCCUUAGCUUGGCGGAGCAAACCAACAAGCUGAUGCGAAAAUUUGAGAAUCGAAUCCUCCCUGCUUCGAUAAAGGAUCAGGUUUAG